AUGGACUUCAAUAACGAUGCGGAAGCCGAGGAGAGCUCAUCAGACCUCCGAUUACAGAUGAAUCCGCGGAUGGACCUCAAUACACCACCGGGCAGGGAGAUGACCCCGGACCCGGUUAAUUUCAUUCAACCAGGAGUAGCAUUCCCUGGCAUCCCCGGACAAAUGCCACUCCAAUACCCGAUGUAUGCACCCGGGAUGUUUGAUCCGGUGUACCCAUAUUGGCAAAGCCCACAACGCUUCUUCGGAGCCCAAUACCAGUACCCACCAGGCCCGGGCGCCUACCAACCCUACAUGCCCAUGCCAAUGCCGAAUGCGCCGAACGUGCCCGAGCCAGGCCAGUCAGUGGCGUCAGCGCCAGCAGCGGCACCAGAGCUCUGCCGGGCCCAAUCUGAGCGCCGACCGGCCCGGUCGAGGCUAGGACCUGGAGCAGCUCACGAGCGGGGGGCUGAAGAAGUCCCCGCGCGCAUGAGUGCUUUCGUUCAUCUCCAGCCGUCUGUGCAUCAGCGAAUCGGAGCCCGACAAGAUAUGGAGGAAUCUGUAAACCUCCCAGCGCCCCGACAAGAAGAGUCCGGAGAAGUCAGCAGCUGCAGAUCUAAGAGAAUGGCUCGACGGGCUGCUGACCGAGAGGAUCCGCGAAACGAAGCUAAGGGACUGUUGCAGCAAGUCCGGGAGGAAUUUAGUAAAUGGAGGCGUGAGCAUGGCCACCGGUCGUCCGAACCUGAAGCGCCCCUACUGCGCAACCCCUUCACGGCAGAUGUAAUGAGCCUCCCCUACCCUCACGACUUGCGAAUACCGGGGAAUAAAGGUUACGAUGGAAAAACCGACCCGGAAGCACACAUUAACUCCUACUAUGGAAACAUGCUGAUGAUGGGAGUAACCGACGCAGUAAUGUGUCGAGCGUUUUACUCAACCUUGACAGGGAGGGCAGCAGACUGGUUCCAAACAUUGGAGCCCGGUUCAAUCGCCUGUUUCGCGGAGUUGGCGAAAAAGUUCGUGCACAAAUUCGCCACCUCCAAAGAAGUCCGGAAACACUUCACUUACCUUGAAAAGGCCAAGCAACUAGAAGGCGAGUCCUUGACGGACUUCCUCGUCAAAUGGAAGGCAGCGAUCGGCGAGGUUGAACCCCUCGACGACCGGACAGCGAUCAACGUGUUGCAUUCCAAUUUGCCCUACGACAGCUCACCACGUGCCGGGGCCCUAUACCAAGAAUUCAUCCUACACCCUCCGGCUACCUACGAUGAGGCAAUCCGAAGGGUAACUGACUAUGCUAAUGCUGGUGAAGCCAAUUUCGCCAAGCGCCAACAAGAGGCCGACAGCAGCCGAAAACCGCAGGGCCGACAAGAGGAGGGGAAGACGAACGACAGAUCCGGCCGAGGGCGAGGAAGAGCACCCGACUUUACCCCCUUGAACAGACCGGCAGUCGACGUCCUUCGAUUUUCCCAAUCUUGCAACAUGAUCCAGUUGCCGGAACCACAGCGCGAGGGUCGCGACAAGACAAAGUAUUGCGCGUACCAUCGCAGCAAAGGGCACGAAACGGAAGACUGCACGACCCUCAGGCAAGUCAUAGAGGAGUUGUUACGAUCGGGAAAGCUCACUGAGUUCACCAACAAGAAGGACGAGAAAAAAUCGUCUUGGAAAAACCCGUUCAAGAAAUCAAAUAAGAACAAAAAAGACAAAGAUCACGACCGGGACACCGAGCCCCGACAGUCGACUGGAAAACAAGUCAUCCACGUCAUAUUCGGUGGCCCGGAGGAAAGUUCCAAUGCCCGGGAGAAAUUCCAAAUCGGACUAAUAGGAUCUGAGCCUAGUGAGAAGAGACAAAAGCUAGAACCAAUCACGUUUACCCCGAGCGAUAUGCUGGAGGGAGAGGACUGCAACACUGAAGCAUUGGUCGUCACGAUCGACAUCAUGGGGACCGACGUCCAACGUGUCAUGGUGGACACGGGCAGCAGCGUGAAUGUCUUGUACAUGGACGUCUUCCAGAAGCUAAAAUUAGAACCGAUCGAGUUAACACCCAUCGGGACCCCAUUAUCUGGAUUCACUGGUGAUACUAUCCAUCCGGAGGGAAAGAUAACAUUGCCGGUAGAAAUUGGCAACUGA